CGGAACAAGUUCAAGUCCGCGCGUUACUUCAAGAAACAUCCCAGGGUGGGAUACCUUCCCGUGCAGACUGUGCUCGAAGGUGAUGCUCUGGAGUCUCCUGCUCCAUCCCCUCAGCACGGCAGCAGCGCCGACGACAUGCACUCGCGACUGGAACUGUACGCCUCCAGAUUGGCGCAGGUGGAGCUGGGGGCUCGACCUGCCGACACUCCCGACAGUGACGAGGAGCACGCGCUGAUCGCUCAGUACUGCCUGUCCCUGAGCGGCUCGGAGGCCCCGCGCUCCCCGGAACACGUGGUCUCCGGCAUACAGAGGGAACAGAGACACGAGCUGGAAGCCAUGAUACGAGAGCUGGAGGAGGAGAACGCCAGUCUGCAGGCGGAGUACGAGAGACUGAAGGCCAAGCAGACUCCUGGAAGCACUCCCGAAGAACUCACAGGAGAUAACAGGAACGCUCCCGUCGACCAGGACAUGAUGGCCGAAGCUCGUCUGCUGAGACAACACAAGGGACGCCUGGAGGCUCGCAUGCACAUCCUGGAGGAACACAACCGACAGCUGGAAGCGCAGCUGCAGAGACUCAGAAGACUGCUGGACGAGCCGGGAUGUCAGUCGUCUCCGGGCGGGCAGGGCUCCCCGGGCGGGCGCGUGUCGUCCGGCACGCUACAGACGCGCUCCGUGACCGCCUCUCAGCUCGCCACCGACUCUCCCGCCAAGCUCACCAACGGCCUCUACCAGGACACGAAUGGCGGUCGCGAGCGCGAGCGUGAGUUGGAGCGCCCUCCGCCGCCGCCGCACGCCGUGCACUCUCUCAUGCACUGCGCAGAUGAUCUCGGGAAGGCUGUGGAGGAGCUGGUGUCGGUGAUGACGGAGGACGGUCACCAAGCACCCGACGUUAAUCUUCCUCCUCAAUACACUAACGGGAAACCGGAAGAGAAAGACAAAGAUAACAAAUAGGUUUACCACUGGUGUGAUGCUGCGGCGUCUAUCCGGGAGCCCUUCAUGUCUGACAGUGCCGCGCCUCCCCUAACACGCGACCGCCCGACACUACCUCUAACAUCCGACUCGUCACUAACCCGCACCUCCUCUUAUCUAUACAGCCCCCCCCCCCUCACCGCCUCUCAGUUUCCGAUGUACUUGUCGUUUGUUUCAAACACUAAGCAUCGGACGUCGAUCGCUCGCGACUCAUCCGUAUGCAACGCUUAUUGUAUAGAUAAGGGCCUCUCGGUGCCGUAGUUGCAGUACGUGUCGUGUGGACUCCCCGCCUCUGAGCGAUCCGUUUCUAUCUCUCCGGUCAGCCGCGCCACUGUCAGACAUGCGAGCCUCGUCUCGACCGGCACGUACCUUAAUGUAAAGUACCAAUUCUCCUCGAUCGCCCGCAGCGAUGGCUCGAGUGCAUAUCUUUUUGUACGGCCCACUCUCAUAUCACUUGUUGUAUAUUCUCUCAUAUCAUUGCUCUGUGUUAGUCUGACGCGUGUAUAAAAUGUCACGAUAAACUAUCUCGUGCUUCGUAUUCAACGAAAUAGGAAUGUUUUCUAUGGAAAUCUUUUUUAGGGCUUCUGAAGGCUAAAGCUUUAAGUAUAUCACAACCUUAGCUUUAAUGCGGUCCUCGACCGCGAUUCGGGUCCGGCGAGGCCUCCGGGGUCCGAGGUGUUGUUACUAGAGGGUUCGAAUGUUUUCGACUCGCCAUGUUAUGCCAUGGACGUCAUGGCCGUAGUUAAUGAAUUCGUUGAUCGGUUCUCGCAGUAGUGUUAGACGUAGCCGAGCGAACGAGCCUCAUAUUAAUGUGCAUAUUUGUAUGUUACUCAUAUCGACUUAUCGAAAAUGUAUCCUUAGAGAAUAUUAAUUAUCAAUACAAGUCUACUCACAACUCACUUUCUGUUUAUCGUGCUCUGGAGUAGUGACUUCGUAGCGUUUAUAUCAUGUAACCGAAUCUUUUUAACUAUCUCGAACGGCCGCCCUCCUCCUAGGUAUCGGACGGGCGUCGCGUGUCGGCCCGCUCGGGUGUUUUGUAUCGUGUGUACUUUGUAAGAUGACGCCUACCUUAUUAGAUAAGAUUAUAUUGGAGAGAUGACUUUUAUACGGAUGUUGAUAAACUGUUGAACGCUAACUUAAGUACUUCCAUGUAACCAUAUCAAACUUUGUUCGUUUUAUUAUUACGUUUGAUUCGAUCGUGUUAUUGGGAACGGUGACAUGUAACAAUGCUCUGUCAGACGUCAGUUAGACAGAGCAUGUGACAGCUGCUCUUCUGACAGAUACCGAUUCUUUUUAUUCACCGGUCUAUUUCGGUACCUUGAAGCCCGUUACUUUAUGUGUACGGUUAUAUCUAGUUUUAAUUUGGCGAAUAUAUUAUAAGAAUACGAAAAGCACAAUUUAUUAAUUAAUGAACGAAAAAAAUAUUCUAUACUAAUAUAUUAUUUAUAAUAUUAUUGUAACAUUUUGUUUAACGUAGGGCGGGUUUAUUGUUUCUAAUCGUAUUAUCAAAAUUAUAUAAAAUACUACUUCCGCAUUUAUUUGUUUUACUGUGUUCAUAAUGUUUUAGAAGUUAAAUCCAAAUAAACAUUCUGCAUAGUA